GUAGCCUCUCUUGGAGUAACCACCUUUACAUUAUGUGCCCUCUGCAUAGACCGCUUCCGUGCUGCCACGAAUGUGCAGAUGUAUUACGAGAUGAUUGAAAACUGUACCUCAACCACUGCCAAGCUGGCUGUGAUUUGGGUUGGGGCUCUCCUGCUGGCACUCCCCGAGGUGGUUCUUCGCCAGUUGACGAAAGAAGACUCAGAGAGCAGUGGGAGCCCUCCCAUGGAACGAUGUGUGGUCAGGAUCUCACCUCACCUGCCUGAUACUAUCUAUGUGCUGGCGCUCACGUACGACGGCGCAAGGCUGUGGUGGUACUUCGGCUGCUACUUCUGCUUGCCCACCCUUUUUACCAUUACUUGCUCGUUGGUGACUGCACGGAAAAUCCGAAAGGUGGAGAAAGCUUGUACGAGAGGAAACAAGCGACAGAUUCAGCUGGAAAGCCAGAUGAACUGCACAGUGGUGGCUUUGACCAUUUUGUAUGGUUUCUGCAUCAUUCCCGAGAACAUCUGCAAUAUCGUUACUGCCUACAUGUCCACAGGGGUGUCUCCUCAGACUAUGGACCUGUUGCACCUCAUCAGCCAGUUUCUCUUAUUCUUUAAAUCGUGUGUGACUCCAGUUCUCCUUUUCUGUCUGUGCAAACCAUUCAGUCGAGCCUUUUUGGAAUGCUGCUGCUGCUGCUGUGAUGAGUGCAUUCAGAAGUCCUCGACGGUAACAAGUGACGAUAAUGACAAUGAAUAUACAACAGAGCUAGAACUCUCCCCAUUCAGUACUAUACGUCGUGAAAUGUCCACAUUUGCCUCUGUUGGGACUCAUUGUUAGUUCACCCUCUGAGAAGAACUGAAGCCCAGCUUACAAAGUCUGCUGGAGUUUUUCUGUUGGCUUCAGUAGC